AUGGUGGAUGUUGCUGAUGGCCACAUCCGGAAACGCACGCGCCACGAUGUCGAGUUGCCGCCCUUGUUUGUAGAGCGUGCCGUUUCCUGUAUCAUUGCCUAUGCUCAUGAACAGGGCGCUACGGUGGCUCUUCAUUUGCGUGACCAACUGUUGUUGCCUUGCCCAGCCGCGUCACGCCUCGUUUUGGGUGCUCUGCCGCGUUCGCAGGUUUUGCGCCCGCUCAUGCCUGAGUUCGGACGCUACGUCAAGGUUUUGUGCCGUCCCUCAGGCGAUGCGCUCAUGCAGUUCCUUCGCUCGCUGCCUAAAGGUGCCAAGAUUACUGCUCGUUUUGUGAAUGGGGCUCCAGGGUCAAGCGGGCAGCAUGCUUGUGCACCUUAUUUGGAUCAUGUUGACCUCGCACAGUGUCGGGAACAGCAGAAUUUUUCGAUUGAAGAUGUUGCUCUCGGUGCACAUGAAGAUGUGCCCUUUGCCAGUGACACCUCGCUGCACAAGGGUUGCAAAGCUGAGUGCAUCAGUGAGCGACUUCUGCGAAAGGGGUUUGUCACCAAGUGUGAACUCGCUGAUCUUCUGGAUGCUCUGCCCUCAGAUCAGAAGUUUGCUUCAAAAAGAGGACAGUGUAUCGAGACCACCAAGACAUGGACUACGGGCGUCUACCUAUUUUCGGAGAAGCCUGGGUUGCGGAGGAACACGCAUGCAUAUCCGAGAACAACCCGCCUGCUUGCAUCACUAGUUUCAGCAGUUUUCCCUGGGUGUGCUUUUUCCUCGGUGGGGAUGUUUAAGAAUCUUAAGACCUCCCCCCACAGAGAUGUAAACAAUUCCCAGGGUGUGCCAAAUUUGCUUGUUCCCUGCUCUGACUUCACCGGCGGCUCCGUAAAAGUGUAUGACAGUGAUGCUUCUGAGGCACCUGCAUUCCUUGAUGUUAGCAAAGGGCCGGUAAAGCUUGAUGCUUCCAAAGUUCACUCGACGGAGGAUUGGAAUGGCGAUCGCCUGCUCUUGGUUGCUUUUCAUGUGCAGGGAGCCUGUUCCUUGCGCGGCAUGGAUGCAAAGACGUGUGGCAGGUUGGGCCUGCAGUUGGACGUGGCACCGCAAACCCAAGGUUCGACAGGUCCCGGCGGCGAUGCUGCGAACUUGGUCGAGACCGUGUUCCUUGGAGUUCCCCACGGACCUGAGGAGUUCGUUCGCAAGGCGGUGGCAGCAGGUCAUCCCAUGGAUAUGGACAGACUCAUUUCUCCGGCCGUCGACGCGGCUGUCAAGGCAAACUUUUGCGAUGACGCCUCUGUCGUUUCUCGAAGGCGAUUGGACACACUUCGAAGGUGGAGUAUGCGAGCUCGAGAGUUGGACGAGCAGGAGGCUCGGGCAAAUUCGCAGCGGCCUGCACACCUUCAGAAGCUGCUGGCCGGCAAGAGGAUCCUUUUAUGGAAGGAGAUCCUUUUUGAGAUUGGUUACCCGGACACGGCCAUCCUUGAUGAGGUUGAAUCUGGUCUGCCGUUGACAGGCUGGAUGACCCCGUCUCAGGUUUUCCAACAACGUGCGCGCCCACCGACCAUGUCUGUUAGUACAGUGCUUGCGAUGAACAAGGGUUUUCAUGCUCUGGUCAAAAGGCGACUUGCAAAGCGUCAGGAUCCGGAGGUCGAAGAGAAAACCUGGCGAGAAACGGAGGAGGAGCUCGCUAAGGGCUGGUUCUGGAUAGAUCAUUCUGGUUCUUGGGAAGGAAAGAUCAUUGCUCACCGUUUCGGCCUCCUGCAGAAGCUCAAACUGAGGACGAUUGAUGACUGCAGUGUUGGUGGGCUGAACUGCACGGUUGGACUGCCUGAUAAGAUGAGGGUGCAUUCCAUCGACAUCCUCUCCUCGAUGCUUCGCCGGGCUUUAGAGCUGUGUGGUGGCAGGGCAUCGUGCAAGUGGGUAGGAUCCGAUGAGCCUAUUCUUCUGGGCGCGAACAGUUUACCAUUUGGAGCGGUGGGAUCUGUAUCAGGGUUCCUGAGAUUGUCGAUGGCCCUUUGGGCCACAGGGCUCAUAGGAAAAAAGGCUCCGCCUUUCUCCGAGAUAUUCGCUGCGCUCGGAGUCAAUGUGGAUAUGCAGGAAGAGCUCUCCGAGACAGUGGACUCCUUUUUACAGAGCGGAUCCAUGACGGCCAAGGACGCAGAGAGACUGCGAGACAUGCUCUUGGAUCUGACGGGUCAGUCAAGCUAUCAGCUGAUGUAG